AUGGAGUAUAGGGGGCACUGCAUCGUUCCGGAACAGGUCAGGAAGUGGGGUAUACGUUUCGAUGGGCAGGCUGAUCCGCUGUCCUUCGUAGAGGCCAUCGAAGAUCGGGCCCUAUCUUAUGAAAUUGACACCGAUAGGUUGCCCCGGGCAAUGAACGAGGUCAUGAUCGGCGAAGCCGCUCGCUGGUUCAUGACAAGUGGGCUAAGAGAGGUGUCAUGGAACGAGUUUAAGGAGGGAUUUUUGGAUUUCUUUUUGCCUCCGCGAUAUUUUGAACUGUUAGAAGAUGAAAUCCGGGCUCGCCGUCAACGAGAGGGCGAAGGAUUCAAGCAGUAUGUGGUGGACAUCAGGGCGCUGAUGCACCACGCUGGCUAUGGUCCGGAGCGAGAAUUAGCGAGAAUAUACGACAACGCAGCCCCAGAGUAUAAAUUGUAUGUGCGGAGGCAAGAUUUCGCGUCGCUGUCGAAGCUCAUACAAUUAGCGGUCGAGUAUGAGGGUAUAAAACGGCAGGGUCAACAGUAUCCCCCGGGUUCACGAUCUCGAUUAGGUAAUAGCAUGGGCACGUAUCUAGGCGAGGGGCAAGGACAGGCGACGACAGGCUUAAACAACCCGUUCAGGGUAGCUUCAUCGCCAGUAUUACCGGUGCCAAGGGAAGAGCCCGUUAACCGAAUGAUCGGCCAAGAAACCGGGGGAACGGCCAGGAGACGCCCGAUAUGUUUUCGAUGCGGGCAAGAGGGGCAUUUUAGGAGAGACUGUCCCAACCCGCAGGUAGUCUUUUGUGCGCAAUGCGGAACCAGGGGGGUGAGCAGCCAGGAAUGCUGUAGACGACCGGCUCAGGGAAACGGACAGAGGCACCAUCCGGACCGGGAGCGGAUGGAAAGCGAUGUCAGCGGAGCCCGGAGGCAGUAG